AUUAGUGCAAAGGGAUAAAAUAAGUUGUAUACCGCCACCGUGUGGAUAACGGUGCACUUUAAGGGGCAGCAGUGUAAAUUAAUCCACCAUGAAUGCAUCAAUAAACCCCCAAGCAUCACUACGUGUGUCCCAAGAGGCAACACGUAUUUUUCCUCCUUUGUUUUUUGUUAUUCGUUCAAUUUAUAAAUGAUAUUGUUUAUUUUAAACAUUUUAUUAUAAAUAUAAAGUAUAUUUAUUUAUUAAUAAACAAUACCUUACAUAUAAAUUGCAUCAGUCUUUGCCCCGCCUUCUGUUUAGGCUCCUCCCCCAAGUCCUAUUUCCAAGAUCAUAUAGUUUUCACCCCUCUGCAGUGUAUUCUCACUGACUAAAGGAAGGAAGGUUGUUUUAAAAUAUUUCAGUUAUUGGGGGCAACUCUAUCUUCAUUUUUCAAAUCUUUGGAUUUUGAACUAUACGCAGAUGGUGCCUGAAAAACUGAUGCUUGAUAUUUCAGAUUCUGGUAAUAGGGACAACGUAAAAGAUGGUAAACCAGACUGAAGGUUAUCUUUCAGAGCGAAUAACUCGCUCUAUAACCGCUUGCCUGCUUUUUAUUUUUGUGCUCUCCACCUUCCUAGGGAAUGCUCUGGUGUGCAUCGCCGUAGUGCGUUUCCAUCAUCUUCGUUGCAAAGUGGCGUAUGUGUUUGUAGUGUCUUUGGCUGUUUCAGAUCUCUUGGUUGCCUCUCUUGUAAUGCCCUGGAAGGCUACUGCAGAGAUUGUGGGUUUCUGGCCAUUUGGCCGUUUCUGUGAAGUUUGGAUUGCCUUUGACAUUAUGUGCUCCACAGCUUCCAUACUUAAUCUGUGCAUCAUAAGUGUGGAUCGCUACUGGGCUAUUUCCAGCCCUUUCAGCUAUGAGCAGAGGAUGACAAGGAGAGUGGCAUUUAUCAUGGUUGGAGUGGUGUGGACUCUAUCUGUUCUGAUCUCAUUCAUUCCCGUGCAGCUGAGUUGGCAUAAAACUCUGGGUCAUGAAGGAGACCCAGGAGAUGCAGCUUACGAAUGUGAUGCCAGUUUGAAUCGCACUUAUGCCAUCACAUCAUCUCUGAUCAGCUUCUACAUCCCCGUCACAGUAAUGAUCGUAACAUACUCUCGCAUCUUCCUCAUAGCCCAGAGGCAGAUCCGAAGGAUAUCCAUGCAGGAGUGUGCCAUUAAGCAUGCUCAGUCUUGCCAAGGCUGCAAUAAAGCACCAGAAGAGAAGUUAAAAAGCUCAUUUAGGAGGGAAACCAAAGUCCUGAAAACUCUAGCAGUUAUCAUGGGUGUGUUUGUCUGCUGCUGGCUCCCUUUCUUUAUUCUAAACUGCAUGGUGCCAUUUUGUGACUCAGGAUUUCACGAUGCUGGACAGAUCCCAUGUGUCAAUAAGACAACUUUUAAUGUGUUUGUAUGGUGUGGAUGGGCUAACUCUACUAUAAAUCCUGUAGUUUAUGCUUUUAACGCAGAAUUCCGUAAAGCGUUCUCCAGCCUCUUGGGAUGUGGGAAGUUUUGCUCUCGAAAUACCGUUCGAACAAUUGACUUCAGCGACCAACUGGUGUCGUAUCAUCGUGACUCCACCGACCUUAGAGACGCUCAUCUCUUAACUCACCCCUGCCUGCUUCUUCCACAUGCUGUCGGGGAGGAAAGUGAGAGAGACGUGUGCUUUGAUACUGUGUCACAGAUAGCUGAAGGCCCUGAUGAGACUGAAUGUAACUUUAUAUAUGGAGAAAGGCCUCCUAUGCUAGAUCAUGGGGAGACAGAACUCUUUUUGGAUAAAGAAGAUGAGUUAUAUACUCUUGAACAUGUGAUUCAUAAUGUAUCAUCACAUAGUAUCACAGGAAUAUUGUAGUAUAUCUGUAAAUAGUUUUGCUGUACAUUACAUUUGAUUCAUUUGUGAUGUGUUCAUUUUUAAUGUGAAGGACAUUAUUGUUAUUUUAUAUUAUUAUUUUUCUUACAUAGCAGCAUGAUCAUGGUUUAUUAAAGAAGUCAAUGAUAUGACACAGUGCUGGAAAUAGUC